GUCUCUACCUGCUCGAAGCCCGAAAUGCUGUUUGACCGGUUCUCUUGCUCGCACUCGUCGAGCUAUACUUGCAAAUUCACUCACACUACGCCGGUCGCCUCGCCCACUGCCAUCACAUAUUACCGUUCAACAAACGGUCACCUUUUUAUUCUCAUACAUGUGCUCUUGUGGUCAGUCAACAAAACGACCGUUGGUGUUUAUGUGCUGUGUACAGAGAUACAAUUAACAAUAGAUAAUGGCUAUAUUGAAUUAAAAUUAUAUACUUUAAAUUGUAAUGAGCAUAGUAUAUAUUAUAUUUUUACGUGUUAUCGGCCUUGAAACUUACUCAUUGACAGGUGCUCAAAUCUAGUGUUUAUUUUAAGUACCUAACCUAUUCAAGAAAAUAACACUAUUAAUAUGACUCAAAUAAACCCAAGAAAUGUGGAUUCUUUACCGAAGCAGUUUGUUUCGGCAAUGAGGACAUUGUUCGAUAUUAUGGAUGAUAAACAUACUGGGUAUGUAAAACUUACAGAUAUCGAAAACCGUUGGCGUGAUGAUCGUACAAAAGGUUUACCCCGUGGUGUCAUAGAAAGCCUUCAGAAGGUCGCCUCCCACGAUGGAUUACUAAGCUUUAAACGAUUCUGUACGGGUCUUAAAAUAUGCCUUCUUCGUAAUCAAGUUGAAAAUGCCUCCCAUAAUGUGGAUCGACUAAAUAAUGAAGUCACAAAUUCAGGUAUUCGUGCACAGGGACAACGACCACCUUCUGCUCCAUUAUUAGACGUAAACGAUGUUCAAAAUAUAGAUAGAAAUUGGAAUGUUAUGAAGUCUUCUGAAACCUCAGCACAACAACGAACUAUCAGUAUGCCUCAACUAAUAGAGCGGACAGAUCCUUCAAUUCAAGAAACAUUACAUCACACUCCAAUUAAUAAUAUACCUAAACAUGAUCAAUCCAGGCCUUAUGGGCCGCCAAAACCACCAAGAUUAGAAAAAAAUCCUUUGGAAAGAAAAGAAAAUUCUAGACUUAAUUACAAAUUAGAAGAAGAAACAGUUUUUGAUAACGAAGAAAUGACUGACACAAAAAUAAAUUUUGAAGACAUAUCUCAAGUACUGGAAGAACGGAGUAGAGGUCUUGGUGAUGGCCGAUCAACUAAUGAAACCCAAUCACAAAAUAUGCGUCGUGCAUCUCGCCGACGUGAGCCGCGACGACAUACUUUACACAAUGGAGUCGAUUAUAAUCUUUUGAAGAGAAUGAAACAAAUUGAACAAGAAAAAGACGUUUUGUUACAAGGAUUGACAGCUGUAGAGGAAGCGCGCGAAUGGUACUUGAAACAAUUAGGAGAAGUACAAGAAAAAAUGCGUUAUGCAGGAAGAAUGGGUGUCUAUGUCGAACCUUGGAGUGAAGCACAUCAAGAACGUUUAGAACUACUACGAGCUCGCGUGUUAGAACUCAAUCGUCAGCUAGGAACUCUGGCAGCUGGUUGGAGAAAUGGACAACUAUCACUUCAUAUGAACCUGGCAUUACCGAUGGCACAACUUUCAACAUCCAACGCACCUAAUGCUUCUAUGCUUCAGUCUCAAAAUCGUAUGUUAGCAGAGGAGGUAAAUAGAAAAAAUGAAAGGAUAUCAAUUCUAGAAAGAGAGAAAUCUGCACUCAUCAGGGAAUUAUUAGUUCAAAGGAAUAGAACUAAUUUAAUGGACAAUUUCACAUAAUGCACAUUAUAACCAGUUGUUUGACAGUGAGCUAUAAGUGUUCUAUCAUAUAUUAUAUAGUAACUAUUAACACUGGAACAUUAUGAUUUUCAAUAUUAUAACUAUUAAUAAUUAUCAUUAUGAUAUGUGUUGUCUUCCUUAAUACAUCAUUAAAAAUAAAGUGAUAUACUAGUCUAUAAAGAUAUAUCUUAUAUUAAUAUUUAAGUGCCAUAGAAAAUUAUGCUUCCUUAUAAUAAUAACUAAUAAGUUUUGUGCAAUAAAAGAACUUUUGGAAAGUAUAUUUUAUUCAACUACAUAAAUUAUAUUUUAUACAUAUAACAUACUAAUUAUUUGCUGUUUUAUUGUAUAAUGAGUAAUCAUAUUUCCUAAAAGGAACAUCAUAUGUAAGGAGACCUUGGUCCCAUGCUCUUUCAAUAGCUACAAGUAAUUCUUUAUGCUUCUUUUGGCAAAGACCAGUUUUGUAAGCAUCCAGUAUCUGAAAAAAAUAAUACCAUUAGUUUAAUUUCCACUUGUUAACAAUAGUCAUCAUUAUGGCAAAUGUAACAUUCGACAUACACACAAGUAUUUUAAAAUUCAAUGCGGCAAGAAGCUGGUGCUGCUAUCGCUCAGAUUCGGCCUGUUAUUUGUGUUUUCCAAUCAAUGUCAUAGAAUAAAGUAUACUGGGUGUAUUAAUUUCAAUUCAUAAUUAAUUAAUAGUAAAUACACUGCUUACUUAAUGUUCUGCUUUUCUCAUGGUUGACUGAUAGAGAAUGCCAUUAGGUGUUAAGUCCACCAUAUUAAGUACACUUCCUUAUAUUAUAUAACUGUGCAUUGAAGUAUAAAUAAACAAAAAUGAAAUAUGAAAUGUGUACCUAACCAAUAUGGACUAUAUGGGUUGGGUAUAUUUAGAUACAAUAAUGUUUUUAACCAAGAAACCAGUGCCACAACUUUAUAACUAAGCUUGUAAACUAAUAUCCAGCUAGUGAAGUUUUGUGUCAACCAUGCAAUUCUUGUAAUUUAAUAAAAAUAUACGUAAAAAUAAAA